UUGACGAACGAGAUCCAUCCCAAAUCCCAAUCGGGUAGCCAUCAAUCUUGUGCAAUGGUCUGCAGGAGCUUUUCUGGAAGAUGAUGAAAGCAAAGCAGGGAAGGAGGCGCUGGUAGGGUCGGCUCGGCAGGUCUGACUGAAUUUAUGUGAGGUGUGCCCGCCACGCCAUCGUCGUCUUGCUCUUGCAUUGCAUCCCUGUGACCCUGUCCUGCCCCUGCUCCGCUCUGCCAGCCUUAGUCGUCUCCGCCCACCAAGGCACCAACGCAUUAAACCCCCAUUCAUUAAUUCAUUCUUCCCUUCCUGCUACGGUGCUACCCUGCCUCUGCGGCUCUGCCUCUGCUACAGCGGCGUCGGUAUGGGCGGAUCGAAUUCCACGGGGAGGAGGUCCGGGUCCGUCCCGCGCGCCAUGCCGCCCGUGGAGGAGGUGGACAUCUCCGCCGUCAGGUACAAGUCUCCCGCGCUGCAGGCGCCACACCUCACCGGCUUCUCCCUCAGGGCCUUCGUCUGGCUCAUGGAGUCGCCUCUGCUCGGCCGGCUCAUCACCUCCGUCCUCAAGUCGCAGAACAACAUGCCGCAGAUGCUGCAGCAGACGGUGAUACCCGAGCGCCCCAUGUACUAUCCGGAGUUCCCACUGCAGGACCCAGAGCCAGAAGUUGUUCUUGUAGAUGAAGAUAGGGACCCGGUGGAAAGAGUCCAUGAAGCACUGCGGUGCCUUCCUCAGUAUGAUCCGUCAGUGCGUUGGACAACCGAGGAGAACCCCCCUUUUCUUUAUUGGAAGAUCCGUGACUUUGCACACGCUUACAGCUCGGGGAUCACAACUCCUUCAGUUGUUGCCGAGUAUGUUAUUGCAGGCAUUGAAGAGUGGAACAACAAGAAGCCCCCAAUGCCAAUGUUGAUCUAUUUCAAUGCAGAAGAUCUCAAGAAGCAAGCUGAGGCUUCCACAAAGAGAUUUCAGCGAGGAAAUCCGAUAUCCAUUUUAGAUGGGAUCUUCGUUGCCAUUAAGGAUGACAUCGACUGCUUCCCAUAUCCAACAAAGGGUGCUACAACAUUCUUUGACCAAAUCCAUACUGUGGAGAGAGAUGCAGUCUGUGUGGCUCGGUUGCGGAAAUGUGGAGUUAUCUUUAUUGGGAAAGCAAACAUGCAUGAGCUAGGCCUUGGAGUAACUGGAAACAAUCCAAAUUAUGGGACAGCAAGAAAUCCACAUUCAGUUGAUAGAUAUACUGGUGGUUCUUCAUCUGGUCCUGCUGCAUUAGUAUCAUCAGGAUUAUGCUCGAUAGCAAUUGGAACAGAUGGUGGAGGUUCAGUUAGAAUUCCAUCUGCACUUUGUGGUAUUGUUGGUUUCAAGACAACAUAUGGUAGGACAGAUAUGACUGGGGUACUAUGUGACUCUGGGACUGUUGAAGUUGCUUCUCCUCUUACAUCAUCAGUUGACGAUGCUAUACUAGUGUAUUCUGCAAUAGCAGGUUCAAGACCUAUGGAUAAGCUUACACUUAGACCAUCGCCACUAUGUGUCCCAAAUUUGUUGUCUCCAGAAAACAGCAAUAUCCUGGGAUCAGUUAAAAUAGGAAAGUAUACAGAGUGGUUUAAUGAUGUUUCUGGUCAUGAGAUAUCGGGUACAUGUGACGAUGCACUUAAACUUCUCUGCAGUGCUUUCGGAUGUCAAGUAGAAGAGAUAACAUUACCAGAGCUUGAAGAGAUGCGUACUGCUCAUGUUGUCUCAAUUGGCUCAGAAUCAUUCUGUGACUUGAAUCCUCAUUACAAAGCAGGAAGAAAAACUGAGUUUACCUUGGAUACUCGAACAAGUUUGGCACUUUUUGGGUCUUUCACUGCAACUGAUUAUGUGGCUUCUCAAAGCAUAAGGAGGAGGAUAAUGCAUUAUCACAUGGAAGCUUUCAAGAAGGUCAAUGUCAUAGCAACUCCUACAACUGGCAUUACUGCUCCAAAAAUACCUCCAAGUGCUCUGAAGUCAGGAGAGUCAGAUUAUGUUGUGUCAGCUUACUUGAUGCGAUUCAUCAUAGCAGGGAACCUUCUUGGUCUCCCAGCAAUAACUGUGCCUGUUGGUCAUGACAAGCAGGGGCUUCCUAUAGGUUUGCAACUGAUAGGUCGUCCAUGGGGCGAGGCAAGCUUACUGAGGGUGGCUUCUGCAGUGGAGGAGCUGUGUCUGAAGAAACGGAAGCGACCCUCUGCAUUUUAUGACAUUUUGAAGGCCUGAAUCGUCGUUGUAUACAUAAUCACGGUGUUUUGCGAUGACAUGAGUAUGUAUGAUGAAAAGUGUGGGUGAGAGUGACUGAGGAGAGUUUCAUGUCCUCAAGUUGUAAAAUACUGUCAUCGUCACCAUGAUGCUGAUGUCAUUAGAGCUGAACGUGCAAAUAGCAUAUAGGCGUGAAUGUUGUCGUGACCUUUCUUUC